AGGAGGGGACCGGAGCGUGUCACUCGCGCGUUGCUCCCUCUGUGCACAGAGGAUGUGCUGAAUGGUGCACUUCGAGGCGGCGGCUGAGCAGGAUCUGGCGGAGGGCGGCUCGCACAGCCCGGCUCUGCUGCUCCCGGUUCUCUUGAGGCUCUAUAGUCACCGCGGGCUCCUGACCCUGAGUCCCGCUCAGGGCAUGGGAGGCUGCUGCGCCCUCGCGUGUCCCGCUUACUGAGCGGCGCGGGCCAGAGGUGCGGAGGCCAAGAGGCCGGGAGGCCGGCGGGCAGCGGAGCCCAGAGCCUGCUGAACCGAGAGCCGAGCCCGCCCGCGCCCGGAGCUCUGCGCCCCGUCUCCGCUGCGCUCGCCCGGGCCGCCCGGAGCCCCGAUGAGCCCAGAUGGCUGGGGCUCAGCCCGGAGUGCACGCCUUGCAACUCAAGCCCGUGUGCGUGUCUGACAGCCUCAAGAAAGGCACCAAAUUCGUCAAGUGGGAUGAUGACUCCACCAUUGUUACUCCUAUUAUCUUGAGGACUGAUCCUCAGGGAUUUUUCUUUUACUGGACAGAUCAAAAUAAGGAGACGGAGCUGUUAGAUCUCAGCCUUGUCAAGGAUGCCAGGUGUGGGAAGCACGCCAAAGCUCCCAAGGACCCCAAGUUACGCGAGCUUCUGGAUGUUGGAAACAUCGGACACUUGGAACAGCGCAUGAUUACGGUGGUGUACGGGCCUGACCUGGUGAACAUCUCCCACUUGAAUCUUGUGGCUUUCCAAGAGGAAGUGGCCAAGGAGUGGACAAAUGAGGUUUUCAGCUUGGCAACAAACCUACUGGCUCAGAACAUGUCCAGGGACGCAUCUCUGGAGAAGGCAUACACAAAGCUUAAGCUUCAGGUCACUCCAGAAGGGCGCAUUCCUCUCAAAAACAUCUACCGACUGUUCUCGGCAGACCGGAAGCGAGUGGAAACUGCACUGGAGGCUUGUAGUCUUCCAUCUUCGAGGAAUGAUUCCAUACCUCAAGAGGAUUUCACUCCAGAUGUAUACAGAGUUUUCCUGAACAAUCUUUGCCCCCGACCUGAAAUCGAUAACAUCUUUUCUGAAUUUGGUGCCAAAAGCAAGCCGUACCUUACCGUUGACCAGAUGAUGGAUUUCAUCAACCUGAAGCAGAGAGACCCUCGGCUAAAUGAGAUACUGUACCCCCCGCUGAAGCAAGAGCAGGUCCAAGUGCUCAUUGAGAAGUAUGAGCCCAACAGCAGCCUCGCCAAGAAAGGGCAGAUGUCCGUGGAUGGGUUCAUGCGCUACCUGAGCGGAGAAGAGAACGGAGUCAUUUCACCUGAGAAACUGGAUUUGAAUGAAGACAUGUCUCAGCCCCUGUCUCACUAUUUUAUCAAUUCGUCCCACAACACCUACCUCACAGCUGGCCAGUUGGCUGGGAACUCCUCUGUCGAGAUGUAUCGCCAGGUGCUUCUGUCUGGAUGUCGCUGUGUGGAGCUGGACUGCUGGAAGGGCCGGACUGCAGAGGAAGAACCUGUCAUCACCCAUGGAUUUACCAUGACAACAGAAAUAUCCUUCAAGGAAGUCAUAGAAGCCAUCGCAGAGUGUGCGUUCAAGACUUCGCCUUUCCCCAUCCUCCUCUCCUUUGAGAACCAUGUGGACUCCCCAAAGCAGCAAGCCAAGAUGGCCGAGUAUUGCCGAUUGAUCUUUGGUGAUGCCCUUCUUAUGGAGCCCCUGGAAAAAUACCCACUGGAAUCUGGAGUACCUCUUCCAAGCCCUAUGGAUCUGAUGUAUAAAAUCUUGGUGAAGAACAAGAAGAAAUCGCACAAGUCAUCGGAGGGAAGUGGUAAAAAGAAGCUUUCAGAGCAAGCCUCCAACACGUACAGUGACUCCUCCAGCGUGUUCGAGCCUUCGUCUCCAGGAGCUGGAGAAGCAGAUACAGACAGUGAUGACGAUGACGACGAUGAUGACUGUAAAAAGUCUUCCAUGGAUGAGGGCACUGCUGGCAGCGAGGCUAUGGCCACAGAAGAGAUGUCUAACCUCGUGAACUAUAUUCAGCCUGUCAAGUUUGAGUCCUUUGAAACUUCGAAAAAAAGAAACAAAAGCUUUGAAAUGUCUUCCUUCGUGGAAACCAAAGGACUCGAACAACUUACAAAGUCUCCAGUGGAAUUUGUAGAAUACAACAAGAUGCAACUUAGCAGGAUAUAUCCCAAAGGAACACGCGUCGACUCAUCCAACUACAUGCCUCAGCUCUUCUGGAAUGCUGGCUGUCAGAUGGUGGCGCUCAACUUCCAGACAGUGGAUCUAGCCAUGCAGAUUAACUCGGGCAUGUACGAGUACAACGGAAAGAGCGGCUACCGGCUGAAGCCAGAGUUCAUGAGGAGGCCGGACAAGCAUUUUGACCCAUUCACUGAAGGAAUCGUAGAUGGGAUAGUGGCCAACACCUUAUCGGUUAAGAUUAUUUCAGGUCAGUUUCUUUCUGAUAAGAAAGUUGGGACUUAUGUGGAAGUGGAUAUGUUUGGUUUGCCUGUGGACACAAGGAGGAAGGCAUGUAAAACCAAGACGUCCCAAGGAAAUGCUGUAAACCCAGUCUGGGAAGAAGAGCCUAUCGUGUUCAAAAAGGUAGUUUUGCCUUCCCUGGCUUGUUUGAGGAUAGCUGCUUAUGAAGAAGGAGGUAAAUUUAUUGGCCACCGCAUCUUGCCCGUGCAGGCUAUUCGGCCAGGCUAUCACUACAUCUGCCUGAGAAAUGAGAGAAACCAGCCCCUGAUGCUGCCAGCUGUCUUUGUCUACAUCGAAGUCAAAGACUAUGUGCCAGACACUUAUGCAGAUGUCAUUGAAGCUCUGUCAAACCCAAUCCGAUAUGUCAAUCUGAUGGAGCAGAGAGCUAAGCAGCUGGCUGCACUGACGCUGGAGGAUGAAGAGGAAGUAAAGAAGGAGGCUGACCCUGGGGAACCAUCAUCAGAGGCUCCAAGUGAAACCAGGAUAACUCCAGCAGAAAAUGGGGUGAAUCAUACCACGUCCCUUGCACCCAAACCUCCUUCCCAGGCUCCACACAGCCAGCCAGCUCCAGGUUCUGUGAAGGCACCAGCCAAAACAGAAGAUCUGAUCCAGAGUGUCUUAACAGAAGUAGAGGCGCAAACCAUCGAAGAGCUCAAGCAACAGAAGUCGUUCGUGAAACUUCAAAAGAAGCACUACAAAGAAAUGAAAGAUCUGGUCAAGAGACACCACAAGAAAACCACCGAGCUCAUUAAGGAGCAUACCUCCAAGUACAACGAGAUUCAGAAUGACUACUUGAGAAGGAGAGCAGCCUUGGAAAAGUCCGCCAAAAAGGACAGCAAGAAAAAAACUGAACCCAGCAGCCCUGACCAUGGCUCAUCAGCCAUUGAGCAAGACCUCGCUGCCCUGGAUGCCGAAAUGACCCAGAAGCUAAUAGACUUGAAAGACAAGCAGCAACAGCAGCUGCUUAAUCUUCGGCAGGAGCAGUACUACAGUGAGAAGUACCAGAAGCGAGAGCACAUUAAACUGCUUAUUCAGAAGUUGACAGAUGUUGCCGAAGAGUGUCAAAGCAAUCAGUUGAAGAAGCUCAAGGAAAUCUGCGAGAAAGAGAAGAAGGAACUAAAGAAGAAAAUGGAUAAAAAGAGGCAGGAGAAGAUAACAGAAGCCAAGUCCAAAGACAAAAGCCAGAUGGAAGAGGAGAAGACAGAGAUGAUCCGAUCAUAUAUCCAGGAGGUGGUGCAGUACAUCAAGAGGUUAGAGGAAGCACAAAGUAAAAGACAAGAAAAACUUGUGGAGAAACACAAGGAGAUCCGCCAGCAGAUCCUGGAUGAGAAGCCCCAGCUGCAGGUGGAGCUGGAGCAGGAAUACCAAGACAAGUUCAAAAGACUGCCCCUGGAGAUCCUGGAGUUUGUACAGGAGGCCAUGAAAGGGAAGAUCAGCGAAGACAGUACUCAGGGCUCUGCCCCUCCCUUCCUGGCCUCAGACCCUGGGAACCACAGAUCUCCCUCCAGUGAGGAAGUACAAGGAGAGACUCCUGGAAGACAGUUUGAUACUUCUCUGUGAUGAUCCUGCCAGGUCUUCCAGAUAUGCAUGACUACAUGAGCUCCAACGAGCUCUAAUGACAGAGAUCACUGCCUGGGCCAUCUUCCUGAGAGACGUCUCUUAGCCUAAAAUCCACACCAAAGGGAGAGUUCCAGAAGGUCUCAUACCCCCAUUCCAUGUGUCAUGUGGAAACUAUUGCCAGUCUAGAGAGAAGAGUGCAUGUAUGCAGGAUUUUUCUUUCCAAUAGUAAAUUAAAAGCAGGCAGCUCCCAGGCUCCAUGGAACAUGUAAUGAAGGACAAUGUCUUCUUAGAAAAAAACAAAAACAAAAAC